AUGCUGAGCUUCGUCAGUGGCAGUGGUGCCCGUUCGAGGAGAUCAGCGCAGCAAAUUUCCAGCUCUGAGCCACGUGGUGAAGUCGAAAACAUGUCCUCAACAGCUCCCCGUCGGUCAGCAAGGCUCCCGUUGCCCGGAUUCAGUGGCCCGCAAUCUAUAGUAACCAUACAUGUCAGCCGAAACAAAAGGAAGCAGACCUUUCUGGUCCAUAAGCAAUUUAUUUGCUUUUACUCUAGUUAUUUCAAUGCCGCGUUCAAUGGUGAAUUUCAAGAGGGCCAAACACAAACCCUUGAGCUAGAAAACGUUUUUCCGAGUCUGUUUGCUAUAUUUGUCAACUGGAUCUACACCCAGAAGAUCGUGGCCGACGACAAUUAUGCACCCACUCUGUUUUCUCUGAUUCAGCUUUGGAUUCUCGCCGAUAGGCUACUUGUUCCGAAGCUCCAGAAUAAAAUACUUGGUCAACUAGAGAUUCGCCGAGCAGAUAAUGUCCCCUUUUCCGGUGAAACACUUGCUUCUUUCUACAAUCACACGGUAACCGGGAGCCCUUUACGUCGGUACCUCGCAGCUUGGUGUUCGAACGGUAUCGAAUGCAAAAUCAAAUUAGCCGAUGGGUAUCCUCAGGAGCUACUGAUUGACAUAUUUAACUGGAACUUGGAACAUAACAAUACGCACCCAGGUUACUUUACGGACAAGCAGAUAAAGGAUUUAUUUUGGGUUAAGUCGGAGGAAGAUGAUGUUAUAGACCGAGAGAGGUUACUUGGACUCCAAAUCCCUUUUCAAGGUGCAUUCAAGAUUGUACACAACUUAUACAGCGCCAUCUUGGUGUUGCCUUAUUUGUAUAGGCAACAGAAGGAUGCCGCCAUCUUUCACAACUGUUGGGGCACUCAAGCUACUUUCUAA